AUGGGUCAACGCCAUCAGCUGUUCGUCAUUGCAAGCAUAAAUGCCCGUUACCGCACCCUAUGUGCCAUCCAUCACCAAUGGCUCUAUGGGCACACCGCGUUGAGACGAUGCCUUGGAACUCUCCAAAUUUUCGCGGAUCCGGCAAAUCGGAUCCCACUUGAACAGGAACUCAUCGCCGCUCAACGUCAAGAUGACGACUUCUGGGCCCCUCCAGAGGACGGAUUUCACGAGAAGAACGUUCACGUCCCAUUCCCAUUCAUUGCCACUUGCCUUAUCACUGGUGCAUCAUUUGGUCCAGAUGACGGCUAUUACCAUCCUGUACUCGUUGAGAAUUUCUAUAUGGCAUACGACGAAGGCGACAACAACAAUGGGAUUACUGUCUUCGAUAUCACUGAACCAAGCAAUGUUCGCUACUGCUUCGUUGACUUCUAUGGCAUGGAAAGCGAGCGAUCCGUCCAACUCAUGGCGCCACUUACCGCUCGUAUCUACCUUGAGGCAUACUAUGAUCUCAGCGACCCACAAAGUGCAGAGGAUCUCCUUCCAUUGCUCGACGAAUUCAAUCGGUGGCAUACUAUUCCAGUGGCUACACUUCAGGAUACGUGGCCCGAGGGAGAAUGGGAAGAGCCGGAAUUCGACCAGGGAGGCGGAGAUGAGGUGGCUGUUCCAGAGCUUGAGAAGCCUGGCACCGCGAAGACCCUACGUGAUGGAGCUAUGGCCACUGUGCUUCAAGCACUUCUGGAUGCAUCAGACGAAGACGCUGGCUUGUUAUCAGAGGCAGAGCUUCUGACAGACUUUCUGCCGAGGUUAAAAGACAGGCUUUAUGAGCAAGCGAAUGCUCUGGAACCGUCUCCUCAUCUACUGAAUCUUCUGUGCAGAGCCUUGGAAGACCAUGACGAUGUAGACCUAAGCCCUUUCAAAGCUUUCUCUGCGGAGGAUCUGUCGCUCGUGGUCUCGAGACUCCGAAAGCAUGGCAAGAUGAUUACCUUGUGCAUGUCAAACAGGCCCGAUGUCACAGAAGAAGAUUUGAAAUUGGUACUUCGUGAUGCUGCAGAUCUCAAGGCGCUUUACAUAUUGGAGGCCCCUCAAAUUUCUGUGCAAGGCAUGAGCAUGUUUCUAAGCGACUGCGAUUUAUACCACUCGGACCUUCUGCGACAAGCAAUCAAGCCUCAACCCUUGAGAUCAGAUACAGGCAUUGAUUGGGAUUCCGACGACGUUCUAUCGACUGGCCAAGCCUGCAGAGGCAACGAUGUUUCACAGCUAGUUUGGUUGGCAAUCACAGAACGCCAAGCUCUCGACAAAGACAAUCGUCUAGAUAGUGGACUAUUUGAUUGGAAGAGUUUGAGGCAGCCGAAGGUUGGCUGCUCUGGGUCUGGUCUGAGAUACAAGAGGUAUCCUUUGGACAUGCCGCUUCCCACAUUCAAGACCGUCGCCGGCCUCUUGCGCCUGUUGAACUGGGGUUCUUCUUCAGAGCUAUACAACCCCGAGCGGUGGUCGAGGGGUGCAGCUUUCUCCUUUGCUAUGGCAUCAUCCAUUCCGGGUGGCAAUGACUUAGGGGUUGGCCCCGUGGGUGGUGGCAAAGGGUUUGGUAUUGGGACCUUGGGAAAAAGGCUUUACCUGGACAGUACCCGUGAGCGCAUCCAUUCAAGUGAUGCUCAUGCGCACCUCGAACCUGGUCGAUGGGCUAUUGUCUUGAUUCAUGAGGCCUUUGAUGCUCCAAGUCAGCGUUAUCUUGACGAAUGCCAACGGGGGGAGUCUGCCGGAGCAGACUCUGGCAGUGAGGACGACAAUCCGCUAGAGCAGCCAAAAGGAGGGGAGCAGUCCAUGGAAAGGGCGAUGGCCUUGCUUCUGGGACCUGAAGACCCAUUCGAGGACAAAGGCAAGAACCAGAACCUGCCAUUCCGAGCGAUUAAGAGACUGAGGUACGCACUCGUCACACCAUCCAUCGAGUCAAAUCCAUCGGGUCAUGAAUUCAUCGUGGCCGAUAUCCCUACAUAUCUGGAGCAUGUUAUAGAGAAAAUGCAAGACAAAGGGAAUGCUGGAGAUCUCCAGAAGCUGAUCGAGGUGUGGAACAGCCGUAUUGCUACCAUAGACACCGCGGACUUUUACGGGGAUGAGGACAUUCAUGACAUCUUGCCGGAGGUCUUUCCGCUCCGAGAGACAGCUCCAUCUGGCUCUCAGCCCGAGUGA